AUGAAGAAACCCUACCGAGAGAAUUUUGCUGCAGCAGAGGCCUUCGACUCGGAUGGUUUGCUGCCCAGCAGCAGCAGCAGCAGCAGCAGCAGCAGCAGCAGCAGCAGCAGCAGCAGCAGCAGCAGACACCAACGAAGGAGCCCGUCUUCGCCUGAGCUAGGGGGCCAUGCUGAAGGCCACCACCGAGUUCCUUCUGCUGCUGCAGCAGCAGCAGCAGCAGCUGCUGCUGCUGCUGCAGAGGGUGGUUCUGUCACCCCCUCCGCCCAGAGCAGCAGCAGCAGCAGCAGCAGCAGCCAGCAGCAGCAGCAGCAGCAGCAGCAGCAGCAGCAUACAACACAGUCUGCUCUCUCUGCGUUUGCUCGGGCCUUCAAGCCCAGCGUCCGCCUGAUGAAUGAUUUGCUGCUGCAGCGAGAAGCUGAAGCAGCAGCAGCAGCUGCUGCUGCUGCUGCUGAGGCCUCCAUAUGGAAACAGCAGCAGCAGCAGCAGCAAAGAGAAGCAGCAGACGCAGAAGGCUGUCGCUUGAUUGCAUCGCAGGGAUACAGCAGGAGGACCACAUGUCUUCAUGACCAGCAGCACCAGCAGCAGCAGCAGCAGCAGCAGCAGCAGCAGCAGCAGCAGCAGUAUUACUAUUCGCAACAGCAGCAGCAGCAGCAGCAGCAGCAGCUACAUAGGCAGCAGCAGCAGCAGCAGCAGCAGCAGCAAUACAUGCAUGAUUUCGGUCCCGUACAGGCAGACGGAAGCAAGGCUUACAACUCAUCUGCUGCAGCAGAAUCAGCAGCAGCAGCAGCAGCAGCAGCAGCAGCAGCAGCAGCAAAGCCGCAGCAGCACUCAUCGGGGAAGCACCACAGCCUGCUCUCUAUCAGCCACCGGCUGCUGCACCCAAUGGAGAAAUCAUUGUCAGCUAGUAAGCGUCAGCAGCAGCAGCAGCAGCAGCAGCAGCAGCAGCAGCAGCAGCAGCAGCAGGAGCAGGAGCAGCAGCAGUUGCUGCAGCAGCAACAACAGCUGCUGCAGCUGCAGCAACAGCAUCACCAUCACCACCAUCACCAACACCAGCAGCAGCAGCAGCAGCAGCAGCAGCAGCAGCAGCAGCAGCAGCAGCAUGGGCUGGCUGCUGACCCCCCAAGCUUACUGAAGCGUGGAGGAAGCUUUGCUGCUGCAGGCAUUCACAGCGGCAGCCUUUUGCGUUCUAGUUCUUCUCUGCUGCAGCAGCAGCAGCAGCAGCAGCAGCAGCAGCAGCAGCAGCAGCAGCAACAGUUGCAGCUAUUCCACCAGCCUCAGCACCUACAACUACAGCAGCAACUGCAGCAGCAGCUACACCUCCAGCACCAGCAUCAGCAUCAGCAUCAGCAGCAGCAGCAGCAGCAGCUGCAACUGCAGCAGCAGCAGCAGCAGCAGCAGCAGCAGCAGCAAUAUGAUAUUCAGUUUGGGGGCCUCUAUGUGCGGCUGCUGCGAAAGCUAAGCGCAAAGUGUCACUGCCAGUUCGACGUAUGGGAAGCAGAAGCAGUGGGUGUUGCUGAUGCUGCUGCUGCUGCUGCUGCUGCUGCUGCUGCUGCUGCAACAGGAGCAGCAGGAGGAGGUUGCGGUGCGUCGAAUGGUGGGUCAUCAUCGUCAGCUGCUGCUGCUGCAGCAGCAGCAGCAGCAGCAGCAGCAAAAGAAGAAGCAGCAAUACUAGAUAAACCCGAGACACUAGGAGACCUACACCUCAGUUUAUUAGGUUUAUAUAAACGAUGGGCGCAGCUGCAGCAAAAGGGAAUACUCAGAAAAAAAAUACCACAGCAGCAGCAGCAACAGCAGCAGCAGCAGCAGCAGCAGCAACAGCAGCAGAUGCAGAUGCAGGAGAAUGGAGGAGAAAGAAUGACGAAAACACCAGCAGCAGCAGCAGCAGCAGCAGCAGCAGCAGCAACAGCAGGAACAGGAGCAAAAACAACAGCAACAACAACGCCACCAGCAGCAGCUGAAAACAACAGCAGCAGCAGCAGCAGCAGCAGCAGCAGCAGCAGCAGCAGCAGCAGCAGCAGCAGGGGGGGGGAGAGGGGGUAUUGGGAGGGGAUGCAUGCACCAGCUCAUCAGCUGCUGCAGCAGCUGCAGCAGCAACAUCAGCAGCAACAUAUGCAGCAGCUCAGAGAACAGGAACUCAUGCAGCAGCAGCAGCAGCAACAGCAGCAGCAGCAGCAGCAGCAGCAGCAGCAGCAGCAGAUGCAGCAGCAGGAGAAUUUUAUACAGUAUCAGCAGAUGCAGCAGUGGGAUUCUAUACAAGAAGAAAAUAAACAAAAAAUAAAACAUAAACAUAAUUUUACUUAUUGA